CCCCUACGGAGGCCCACGAGGCUCCUGGGCGUCAGAGCCGCUGGGAGCUGCGGGGUGCUGAGCUCGUUACAAAAUCAAGAGUCAUCGUGAAUCUGAUGGCAUGGCUUUAAUUACCUUGCGGAGGAACCUUUGUCAUUUAUCUGAUUUUCGGAUACAUGGCGCUCUGGCUGCUCUGAAAAGUCAACCUGUAAAUCACGUUCACAAGGUAGUCGGGGAGCGUCUGGGUCCACGGUUCUCCUCACGACAACCUGAGCCUUUCAGGGUCAGGUUCCACCAUGCCCGUUGUAAAGAGUUCCACUCAGAAAAUGGAAAUGACCUUCCUCCAGCUGGUGAGCCCGUGUUCUCUCACGAUCGGGACGGUUUUGAGCAAAAUCUUAAAAGCAUGGACGAACAGAUAUUUUACAGGAGACUAAACAGCUCCGCUUCAUCAGAAGAAGUGCUAAGUUUUAUAAACACACUGGAGACUUUGCCUGAUACAAUGGCGGCGGCGGCCUUACAACGGGUUUGUGAAGUGGCACAGAAAGAUGGCGAGCAGAGGCUGCCCAAGGCAGUACUAGAGAAUCCCGUCUUUCAAGCUCUAUGCGUUCCGUUUGAACAGGAACCCUCAAAGCUGUCAAACACUAGUUUGGUGACUGCUUUGCAAGCCCUGACACUGUUGGAUGUGGGUCCCCAAAGCAACUUGUUACGGAGCCUGGUGGCGGAAUGCCAGCAUCGUCUCCACAGGGGUGGCCUGGAAGUCCACGGGCUUUGUGUUCUUGGAGAAAGUCUGAUUCAAUUGCAAGGCCCAGGCUGUGCGACACUAGACCUGAUUAUAUAUCAACUGCAAGGUGAAAACUUGGAAACCUUCCCCCCUGAGGACAUUGUGGCCCUUUAUAGGAUACUGCAGGCAUGUGCUGAAAAAGCGGACCAACACCAAACGUUUCUUAAUAAGAUAAACAACUUUGCCCUGUCAAUAGUUUCCAACCUGAGUCCUAAGUCGAUAAGCCAAGUUCUCACUGCCUUAGUGGUUCUUGAUCAAACUCAGGCACUUCCUCUGGUUAUAAAAUUGGGAAAAUACGUUGUGAGGCAUAUCCCUCAUUUCACCAACCAAGAGCUCAGGAAGGUCUUAGAGGCUUUCAUAUACUUUGGGCACAAUGACAGGUUUCUUACCACAGCCCUGGAGCAGCACGUGGCUUCCCUCUGUCUCACUCUGGACCCCGAGGUUGUCAGCACAGUCACGGAGUACUGCAGCCGAAAACGGAUUCUUUCAGAGCCCAUCCUGAAUGCAGUGGCAGAAACUUUUGUUUGCCAAUUGGAGAAAUUCUCACCUAGUCAGAUUUCUGAGUUGAUUGAAGCAUUUGGAAGACUCAAUUAUUUGCCACCAAAUGCCUCUGCUUUAUUUAGAAAGCUAGAAGAUAGAUUAUUUACUCAUAUUAAUUAUUUUCCUCCCAAAACACUAUUGAAACUUCUCCAUUCGUGUUCGCUUAUUGAAUGCCAUCCAGUCAACUUUAUGGCCAAACUGUUCAGCCCUUAUUUUCUUCAACGGCUGCUAGGUGAAGAAUCACAUUUGGACAGACUGAGCCUAGCACAGCUGACCCAGCUCUUGUUAACCUCCAUCCUAGAAUGCCCGUUCUAUAAGGGUCCAAAACUUCUUCCUAAAUACCAAGUGAAGUCAUUUCUCACGCCGUGCUGUUCCCUGGAGACGCCUGUGGAUUUCCAGCUGUAUAAGUUUGUGAUGAGUGGCCUGAUUGACUCUUUAGGAGCAAGACAGUAUUUUGCUUCCAAAGUGCUGACGCCAUAUUGCUACACGAUAGAUGUUGAAAUUAAAUUAGAUGAAGAAGGAUUUGUAUUACCAUUUACAGUUAAUGAAGAUGUACAUAAAAGGGUAGCACUGUGUAUUGAUGGUCCAAACAGAUUUUGUUUGAAUAGCAAACAUUUACUGGGAAAGGAAGCAAUCAAGCAAAGACACCUACGCUUACUGGGUUAUAAGGUUGUUCAGAUCCCGUAUUAUGAGAUUGAGACGCUAAAGUCAAGACUUGAAUUGGUGGAAUAUUUACAAAGAAAACUGUUUUCUCAGAACGCUGGCAUUUGUUGGUAGCAAGGAAUACUGGCCUCAGAACUCAUAUCAUGAAAGAAAUUGUGUUUUCAUGGACUCAGUAUGAGAAAAAGAAUGUACUUUGUGAAUUAGCUAUUUGUUUAUGGACUUGUGAUCAGGAAACGGGUUAUAGUUUACCUUAUACCAUGCAUACAAUUAUUGGUGGAAAACUUAAAAUUUGUAUUAAAUUUUUAUUUAAUACAAGUAUCAUAUUUUUAUACAAUAAACAAU